GUAACAUUCAACUUUUAUAUAUCAUCCAAAAACCAACUUUUUUUUUCAGGCCUUUUGUUUUUGAUUCUACUGUUUAUAGACCAAGUGUGUACGAUAUAUACGAUACGACCCUUUUUCGUCUGGAAGAUAAACGACAAGUGUGAGCCUCAGCACCAUAAAAAGGUCUAAACAACAACACUUUCUCUACGCCAUUGACUUUUUUUAACAUCAUCUCUUGUGAAAAAUAAAAGAGUAAAAGCCUUACCAUCACUAAGGGGCUUGGAAGAGAGAGAAAGACGGUGGAAAGAGAGGAAUCCACACUACAGCAAUCGUUAUAAUUACAACAUUACCAAUGAUUGGACCAUUACUACCAGUACUACGAAUACUGCUAUCGCCACCACAAUUAUUAUUCGCCCUCGUCACCGCUCUACUACUCCAUUCUACGCAUGCCCUUGAUCUACCGGACGUUCGACUAGAAGCCGUAGGCCAACUCGGUUUUGCAGGCGACUAUGCAGGCAUAUCACCUUACAAAAGCAUCAAACAAUUCGAAUCAAUAUCUGACCCCGGAGCCAUUAUUUUGCUCAACAACGAUACAUAUGAACUUUUGGGCACUGCAACAGACGGUCAGAUCUUUGCAACAUGUCUUGUUCCAUCAACAGCAGACGCGACAACGUCCGAUCUGUAUGUCGGCGGUUCGUUUACGACGUUGAAUGGCACAUUCGUCAACCGUAUUGCACGCUACAAUCCGACCCACGAUACAUUUGAAACACUCGAUCAGGGUCUUGAUGGACCUGUGUAUGCGUUGUAUUGCGACACGGACGCCGUCUAUGUGGGUGGCGAUUUUACUGUACCUGUUGGCGCAACGAACGACAGUCUGCCUUCUUUUGGCGGUCAUGCAGCUAUCUGGCAUACCGGGAAUCGAACAUGGGGUCCAGUGCCCUGGAGAGGAUUCAAUGGACCUGUCUAUACGAUCACGCGCAAUGCACUCAUGAACACGAUUCUGUUUGGCGGUCGAUUUGAAGCUACUGGUGAUGGAUACUACUUUAAUGCCAUCUCGAGUCAAGCUGUCAAUCUCGGUGCGCCUACGCAAGUUUCAUCAGGAAACGGUGCUUUGGCGGGAAACUUUAGUGACCCGAGUAAUGCCGUGUGCCAGAGCAAUCAAUCCGGUAACAGUCAACCGUGGCUGCUUCAAGACGGUGUCCCAGGCUAUUGGGAUGCAAACUUUGCCUAUCCUAUCCAACCAUCCGUGUUUCGUAUCUCCAACGUGAGGCAAUCGGACUAUGGCACGCGUACUUUUAGCAUCAUUACACUGGGCACGAACGAGUACUUUGAGCUGUCCUACGUAGAUCCUACAACUCAACAAGUAACUACCUGCACGACCGACUGCCAACUCUCCAACGACGCUAAUGUCGAAUACCAAGACUUCACGGUGCUCAACUCAAUGUCUGCAACGGGCAUCCGAGUUCAAAUUGACUCUUGGUAUGGCCAAGGCGGUGGUCUGAGCAACGUCCAGAUAUUUCAAUCAGAUAUCGCUGUAUACGCGCAUACAGGCGCUUCUGGUAGUGCAAGCCCAUGCGCUUCCACACCGUCUGCUUCAACAAACACAACGGGCAACUGGGAGGACCGAUUUGUCUAUGGAACAUACCAGAACUUUAUGACGGCGACGUUUCCUGCUUCGGAACUAACCACAUCGAAUACCUCGGUCACCUACUCACCAUAUGUUCCUGUCCAGGGCCAGUACGCCGUUUACGCGACCACGCCCGGUUGUAUCGGUAGUAGCACGUGCAAUCAACGAACUCAGGUCGACUUGACGAUGCAAUUCACACCUGGCGGUGAAAGCACGACACUCACCAUUGAUCAAACCAAUUAUGACGACAAGACCACCUUGAUUUAUAGCGGUUUUGUUGCUGCAUCAACGUCGGCGUUCCAGCCUUCGAUCACGUUGGCCGUAGCACAGAAUGCUACGGCACCCGCCAGCAGCAGCACAGUUAGCAUUGUGGCUGAGUCAAUCCAGUUUAUUCGCAACGGUACCAACGCAACCCUUGUCAGUAUUUUGGAGUAUAGUCCAUCCAACUUUACACAGAACAUAACUCCAGCAUGGCACCCUCUUGCAGAGCAACUUACACCUGGUUCAAUUGUACGAUCCGUUGAUGCAACCACUGGAAAUCUAUUGUAUAUUGGCGGUCAGUUCUCGGGUCUAAAUAGCACUUACCGAGGUGCUGUAUCCUAUGACUAUCGUCAAGGCAACGGUGGUGCCAUGGUGCCCUUGAACGGCGGCGUUAAUGGCACGGUAUACGAUCUGAAAGUGAUCGGGUCAUCUUUGUUUGUUGCUGGUGAAUUCGAUGGCACGUUGACAGCGCCAUCAGAGUCGUUUAACAAUGUGGCCGAGUUUGAUAUCAGUUCCUCUUCGUGGAAUGCCAUAGGAAUGGGUGUCGACGGUGCGGCUGCCAAUGUUGUCCCAUCAGCUGAUAACGCCACAGUUACCUUUUCCGGAAACUUCUCCCACAUCUUGCAGCAACCAACACCUGGCAUGGCCAAUAUUCCAUCCUUUGGCAAUGCUGCUUGGAACAUCACAGAACGACAAUGGGCACAGCCCAAAUCAUUGAUCGUCGGACAGCUGGUCUCCUCACAUGCUCUUAACGAAACCACCCAAAUACUUGCCGGUGGCAUUCUAGGCGCCCAGACAUACCGUGCAGACGACGCUGCUGUGAUGGACGUUCAGCAGAUCUGGUCGCCUUAUACCUUGGCAUCAAAUUCCCCAAUCAAUGGUACCGUGCAUGCCGGUGUAUUUUGGCACAAUGUCACAUCAGAUGGCCAGAACAAGACUGUCGUUAUCAUGGGCGGUAGAUUCACGACCAACAACAACGUCUCCAACUUGGCGCUGUAUCAAGAUGGCACAUGGCGUGGACUCGGCGAGUUGGAUGGUGAAGUGAGCUCGCUUCAUAUUCUGCGAGAUACCUUGUACAUAGGUGGCCGUUUUCACGGUACCGUAGGUGACACGCGCGUCACCAGUUUUGCCAUCUAUGAUCUUGCACACCAAACAGCACAAGACGUGGGCAGCGUCUACGGUUCAGAACAAGGAUCUCCAGGAACAGUGAAUGUGAUCCAGUCGCAGCCGGAUGGCACCGUUGUUUUCAUUGGCGGUGACUUUGCAUCGGUUGGCUCGAUGCAUUGUACGUCUGUUUGUAAACUUGAUACCCAGACACGUCAAUGGAACCAAGUGGCGCCGGGUAUCAGUGGUCAAGUACGUGAUAUCGCCGCAGCAAACAAUCAAGUCACCGUUGUUGGCGAUAUUGCAGUGAACAACAACCCAACUUUUGCCGCCCGUACUCAAGAUUCAUCCAGUUGGACUGCCAUGUCGUCGUCAGAUGCAAUCAGUGGAACACCCUCAGCUGUACUAAAUGGACCAAGUAACGUGAUUGUAGCAGGAUCCAACGGAUCAGCAGGAUACGUCGGUACUUGGGAUGGUCAGCAGUAUUCGAGCCUUGCUCAACUUGGCUCCUCGAGUGAUAUUCGCCAAAUGUUAUUUAUGCCUAUCCAAAACGCUCCCUCCGAUGCUCGGUAUCCGCCUAAUACCGAUACCAUGCUUCUUUUGGUGGGCCAUUUGGAGUUACAAGACCAUGGUAAUGUUAGUGCAGCGCUCUAUGACGGCAAUGAUUGGUACCCUUAUACCAUGUCGACAAAAUACGACGGAGCGCCAGGACAGCUUCAACAAGUAUUCCAUGAGACGCGCUGCUGUACUGUGAGCGAAAUUAUUCAUCAUUUGCCGGUGCCAGCAGUCAUCCUUAUAUCUAUUGCUAUAUCCCUCGGUGUGAUCUUUUUCCUUGUCGCAGCUGGCCUAUUGGUCUUGUUUGCCAAGCGUCGCAACAGCGUCAAAGAUGCUCCAGAGCCAAUGCCACCGUAUAUCCCUGGCCAAAACCGACCCUCGAGUUUAGUCGCCAUGCUGGAUGCAGCACAAGCUGGUACGAUUGGUGCAGGUGCCACUGCGGCUAUUGCCGGUGCAUCAGCAGCAGCAGCAGCGGGGCCAUCCAAUGAAAAGGGUGUAGUAGACACAUCAUCAUCACCCGGCCAUGAUUUCAGUGGAUUCGAAGCUGCUGGAGCCGCCGCCGCAGCAGCAGCAGGUGGUGGUGGUGGUGGUAUCACAGCGUUUGGAGCACUUUUGGCAGCAGCAGCUGGCAAUACUUCAGAGGAAGCAAGCGACGAUAAUCCACGACUCUUUUAUGCCAAAUACCCAUUCGAUGCCAAGGAACAUGGCGAGUUAGGAUUCGAUACCGGUAUUCCUAUUGUGGUAACGGACAUGAGUGACAAUGUAUGGUGGAUGGGAUGCAAGGACGAUGGUUCUGGAAACCCAAUCUCAGGCCUGUUCCCCAGUAAUUACGUGACAGAGACCAAACCGUCAUUGUCAUAAGUUAAAAGCUGAAAGACACACACAAAAGACGAGUUAUAAUAUACCCACCACGCCUCCCUUCACGCACAGCACACCACCCUUUCUUUUAACCGUAGUUUUAGACAAUAUCCACAAACCUACAUACUACACUAGCACCACACUUGACAUAAUUCUUCUUUCUUUCUAUUUUUUUUACAGACACACUCACUUACUCACACAAACCAUUUAGGCAUUUCUACCAUCCCCCUUUAUUUUUAUUAUUAUUUUCUAUUUAAAAAGAAUUAUUUUAUUAUUCCUUUGGC